AGGCAUACUAGGUCAGCUCACCUGAAGACUGAAGUCAUCUCUGAGAGUAAGACAUGGACUGUCACAAUGAGGAGUGCAGCCGGCCCCAGGAGGAGGAGGACAUCAUGGACAUUCCCCUGGAUGACCCAGAGGCCAACAGGGCCGCUGCCAAGAUCCAGGCUGGUUUCCGUGGUCACAUGACCCGUAAGAAGAUGAAGCCGGAGGACAAAGCAGAAGGGGAGGAGGUGAGCAGCACUGGGGAUGUGCUCAACGGCAGCCAGGGGGACACAGAGACAGGAGGAUCGGGGGCAGUAGAGGGAGACGACACAUCUGUGCCAGAGCAGUGA